GAAGCGUCCGAUGCGGAGGGACAAUUGAGAGAGGGGAAGCUCCGAGAAGCGGGCCACGAGAGGAAGACGGCACAUCUGGAGAGGAGGAUCACCAGCUUUGCAGCUCCUGCGCUGUCGCGGCGUUCCCGAGACGCUGCAUUUUAGUGGUCAGAUCCGGCCAUUGUAUUGAAUCGCGAUAUUUGGGAGCGUGACUUGAGAGGCCGCGGGUGGUGGGUAGUUAAUUCGGUCGCCGGGAGGGUGCAGAAUUCGAGAGCCAUGAUUCCGUUUGCCAGCCUCCCCGAGGCGGAGGAGGCCCUGGGUCGAUCGUUGACGCUCUGGGAAGAGCUGUGGUGGAGCAAGACGCACAAUGUGAGUGACUACACAUUGUAUUGCAUGAACAUCAUCUUCCUCUUUGUCAUUUUCUCGGUCGUGCCCUUGCCCUAUGUGCUGCUGGACGUGUUGAAGGUGAAGAGCGCCGAGAAGUACAAAGUGCAGGCCGGGGUGCAUAACGAGCCAUCCGCGACAUGGCGGUGUUACAAGGUGGUUAUGUGGACGUUUUUCACCGUGGUUGGCCCGUUGCAGCUCUGUUCCUUCCCUGCCGUGAGGUUGAUAGGGGUUCGGUUCGGUCUGCCCCUGCCGGCUGUCAGUGAGGUGUUGAUGCAGCUUACUGUGUAUACCAUAGUUGAGGAUUUCGGGAACUAUUGGUUGCAUCGCUGGUUGCACAAUGGUUGGUGGUACGAUGCCAUUCAUUCUGUGCACCAUGAGUUCUCCGCGCCGAUGAGCUUCGCCGCCCCUUAUGCACAUUGGGCGGAGGUUGUGAUUUUAGGGGUUCCUACCUUCGCGGGUCCAGCGAUGGCGCCUGGCCAUAUCAUCACCUUCUGGCUUUGGAUUGCAAUGAGGCAGUUGGAGGCUCUCGAAACUCACAGCGGAUACGAUUUCCCUUGGAACCCCACGCGCUUGAUUCCCUUCUACGGAGGGGCAGAGUAUCACGACUAUCACCACUUCGUCGGCGCUAAGUGUUCAAGCAACUUCGCCUCUGUUUUCACGUACUGCGACUGGCUAUACGGCACCGAUAAGGGAUACCGUUACAUGAAGGAGGUGCACAGGAAAGAGGCGAUUGCGAAGAGCAAGGAACAGGAGAAGAGAGAAGCCGGGUGGCUUCGGGCUGAUGAUUUGAAACCCAUACCCUCCUUCCUGUCCAAUGACAUCAAAUCCUCGUAAUCUCCGCUUUCAUCUCAGCGGCACAACGACUUGGCGCUUCUUUCAGUAUGGAACACUCCAAUCCAGGAUUUUCUGAUUGGUGGGGUUGAGUAUAACCACCCACCACAUAGAUCUGAAUCGAGACACAUCUUCGACUGACGUUGCAUGGAGGACACGCACCAGUGCUCAAACAGGAGCUCACUGUGUGAAAUUACUCGGUCAAGUGACAUGAAUGCAACAGGUUUUGCUCCUAACUUGGCAAUCUUAAUCUGUUCCCUACUCAGAUGUAGUCCUGAGAGUGGUAUUAGUCAUCUGGGUGUGAUAUGUUCAUUCUAUGCUAUGAAUCUACUGUAGCAUAUGUUCCACAGUAGUAGCUCCUGGUAUCAUUCAGUGUGAUGUAGAGUAGGUCAGCGAGCUGGAGUUUAUCCCGAGCUCUUCCCUUACUACCAGUAGGUAACGGAUUCAAGGCUCUGCCAACUGCUCUGCAUGUUGUUCCUUUUUCUAAUUUGACUUGAACAACGAGUCACUGAAUACAGCUUGUGCUUGAUAAUGGAUGACUGGUGUUGGGUGGCAUCUACUCCUAAGCACUUUAUUUCCUUUA